AAAGUCCCGCCUCUUUUUACUGACUGUCAAUUCGCACCACUGUUGUUGCAGCCAUUUUAAUCUAGACUUCAGUUGUAACUAGACCGAAUGAUGCUUGCUUAGGACCGUAGAAAGGGUGAAGAGAAAGACAGACUUCAGGAGCUCUCAAUGGUUUCACCUGAAGGCAGAUGUCAUGAAUUACACAGAACCGGUUGUGGAGAAGGCCGUCAACUCCUGGUCCAGAAUAGCCUCAGCGGGACAGACUGUCCUUUUCGAGGCAUUACAGAUCCUCAACCCUAUGUCGAAAGAUCUUUCAGACACUGAGGAACUGGUAUCCUUUUUGCAAGGACUUAAGGAAGAGGGCCAUAAGCCCAAAGUGCUACGUAGCAAAGAUGUGUACGGCUACAGGUCAUGUACAGCAAAAACCCUCCCGGCAGAGAUGUGCUCUAUGGACAUAGCCAGCAAGGGUCCAAGGCCAGGCAAGAAGAGGGGACGGAAGAAUAAGAAGAAGAAGAAAAAGGAGUCUAACAAUUACGCAUCGUGGAGUAGUGCAAGUGCAUUAGAAUCUCACAAGAGAUCUUUCUUUUCCAGACCUCCUAUUCUGACUAUUCAACCUGCCCAGGUGCAGCAGCAGUACCUGAAACUAACGAACAUUACAGGUUUAAUGAAAGGUCACACUGCGAGAAUGCAGAUUCACUCUCAACCUCCAACACUUUCAGGAAUACCGUUACUGCCAUCGCCGAACGCGGGUCGAACACCAAAAGCUGUGUCCUUGGUUGGUCAAAGGUACCAUGCCUCCUGUCCGGAAUGGAACAGAGCCCUUAUCGGAGAUUCUGCCCCCGUGAUCUAUCAAAACGGCCGAGGAGUUUACAACUACAAGACUGAUGUGUCAAACCACAGACGGUCCUGGACGGAUGACCAAUCUCUGUGGAUGAUGAACCGUCAGGAGGAGUGUCGGCUGGACGAGAACAGUUUGCGGUGGAAGGUGAUCAAAGUGGACGAUUGCAUCACGGUUGAGGAACUGAGGAGGAAGGCCCAGAGGAUCCUGCAGGUGAACCUGUCCCCUGUGAUACAGAUACGCCCGCUGUAUGAAACUCUAGCUGAAUACCAACGUGAAUCAUAUCUCCAGUAACUUAUUGGUUUAGCCUAGCUAGCCUCGGGGUCCAUUUUGCAACAAGGCUUAGCUAAGUCCAGAGGUCUUUCUUUACUGUUGAAGCCAUUAGAAAACAUCAGGACGGCAUCAUCUGACUGACUACAGUAAAGUACGUUCCUUGUAUUGAGCAGUGACGGGAUGAUGUCAUGACUACCACGCGUCAACAAGACUGAAGGGGACUAAAGUUGAUCAGAAGUUAACCACGGUGCUGCUCUCAGACACUCAAGCAUAGACAUUGCUGGUCAGAAUGUAACUUAAAAAAUGUUUUUUUUGGUUUGUUUUUAUUACCAGCUUCUGUUUUGUACACUGAGGAUGGACUGAUAGACUUGGUAAGCAGUGUCACGGCACACUGUAGGAUAACUUUCUUUUUGUUUGUUUUUUUGUUGCAAGAACAAAAAAUUACAUUUUUACUCUUAGGUACAGUCUACAUGACAAAUUAAAACAAUUUGGUCCCCUAAAAUUGUGUAAAUGGGCAACCUUGUUUUAGGGUCAUUGUUUUCUUGAGUUAGGUCUUCCUGUGGUUGGCCUACUGAGCCCAGUCAUUAUCCCUUUAAUCUACUUUUGUGUUUUAUAGAGUUUGACCUUUCGACAGCCUCAAAAUGUUUGCUGAAUGUAAGCACUUAAAUCGUAACAAUUUCAAUUACACAGGGCAGAGUUAAAAUGGCCUUAUUCUUUUCAGUAAACCUAAAAUGAUGUCUUAUAUUUUUUUUUUGUAGUGACUGAUUUUUUUAUUUUCUCUGAGUAAAGAUUUUGAAACCA